UAUAUUACAAUUUUAAAUUGGGAUCUAUUUUUAUGCACGGCAGCUCACUGCUCACCACAUAACUUCCGAUGACGUUUAUGGCGCCAGAAAUCAAGGGUUUAGAUAGGAGCUGUAGCUGUUCGGUCUGAGGCAGAUCUUAGAUCCGUCCUGAUAUGAGAGCCCUACUUUAAAAGCCACAAUAUCGAGUGAUUUUCGCGUCGUUCAUGGUUUUAUAAAAGCCAAGAUGGUGGUCCUACGCAGCAGCGGUGGUGUCGGCGCUGAGCCCGAGGCAGCUAUCCCGAAGAGGAGGACGGAUGAACUGGACUCGAGCUCCGAGUUUGUGUUGCUGAUUCCCGCGUCGCGUAAAAAGUCGGCUCGGCUGACUCGGUCCUCUCGGUCCCUGAAUGACAGCUUCAGUAGCCCUGAAAACAUCGUGGUGAAUGGUUAUGAUGAUGACAAGCUGGAGGAUGGAGGUCUCAGGACUAGAGCACGCAGAGUUAAACUAGAGAGAUCUUUAGCUGACUUGGGUUCAAACACCAGCACUCCUGUGAGUGGAGACCGAGCUGAUGGCUGCUGCACCAGGAAAUCUUCACGGCUGCGGCAGGAGGCGAAGGCGUCCCGUGAAAAGCAGCGAGCAGGCGUUCUGGAUGAAGUGGAGGGGUCGUCUACUCCCAGAAGGAGUCGAUUCAACUUACGGAGUCGAGAAGAGGAGGAGGAUGAGGAAGAUCACUCGGUGAGACGAAGCUCCAGAAUCACCAGAUACAAACUGAACUCCAGGAAUCAGUCCGUGCUGUACGACCGCCUCAUUACCAACACAGCUGAAGCUGUUCUUCAAAAGAUGGACCACAUGCAGAAGAUGAGACGCCGUUUGAGGAGCAGAGACAGAGAAACUGAAGAAGAGGUGGGUGUGUACACCAAAGGCAGGAGGAGGAGGUCUGUGAGGACGACUGACAUCAGUAAGAAAACUGAGGAGACCAGCCAAGAAGAGGAGGAGGAGGAUGAUGAGAAUGAUGAUGAAAGAGAGGAGGAAGAGGAGAGAGAAGAUGAUGAUGAUGAAGAAGGAGAAGAAGAGGAGGAGGAAGAAGAAGAUGGCGAGGAUGAGGAGGAAGAAAACCAACAACGAUACGACUUCAGGCAGAGGAAAACGGUGGUUCGAUACCAAGCCCCACUGGACGAACCCCGAGAGCCCAGGAAACGCAGCCUGUACUAUAAGGAGCACUCGUCUCCCAACAGACGCAGGUUCAGGUUCAGCUCCACGGCUCCCAGAAGCCCCUACAGCAGGAGGAGAACCAGCAGGAGUGGUUCUGAGAGGAGGAGACACGCCAUCCACAGCAGCGACUCCACGUCCUCCUCCUCUGAUGAUGACAAGUUCCAGAGGCGUCGGAGCAAAAACAGGAGCAUGUCUGUCAACAGAUGUUUGCCAAUGAACCUGGUAAAAGACGACCUUCUGGGGAUCCAGAAGGACAGGAUGAAGAUUGGAGCCAGCCUGGCGGACGUGGACCCCAUGCAGAUUGACAAAACGGUUGGCUUUGACAGCAUCGGCGGGUUGAGCCGACACAUCUCAGCCCUGAAGGAGAUGGUGGUGUUCCCUCUGCUUUACCCAGAAGUGUUUGAGAAGUUCAAGAUCCAACCGCCCAGGGGCUGUCUCUUCUACGGCCCCCCCGGCACCGGGAAAACCCUGGUAGCUCGAGCGCUGGCCAACGAGUGCAGCCGGGGAGACAAGAAGGUGUCGUUCUUCAUGAGGAAAGGAGCCGACUGCCUUAGCAAGUGGGUGGGAGAGUCUGAGAGACAGCUAAGGCUGCUGUUCGACCAGGCUUAUCAAAUGCGUCCAUCUAUCAUCUUCUUUGAUGAGAUUGAUGGUUUGGCACCGGUCCGAUCCAGUCGCCAGGACCAGAUCCACAGUUCCAUCGUGUCCACCCUCCUGGCUCUAAUGGACGGACUGGACAGCCGAGGAGAAGUGGUUGUCAUCGGAGCCACAAAUAGACUGGACUCCAUCGACCCGGCUCUGAGACGACCCGGACGCUUCGACAGAGAGUUCCUGUUUGGCCUCCCGGACAGAGAGGCGAGAAGAGACAUUCUUCAGAUCCACACCAGACAGUGGACCCCUCCGCCCUCGGAGGCGUUCCUGGAGGAGCUGGCAGAUAAAUGUGUUGGCUACUGCGGAGCAGACAUCAAGGCGGUUUGUUCAGAGGCGGCCUUGUGUGCCCUCCGGCGCCGUUACCCACAGAUCUACUCGUCCUCACAGAAACUCUUACUGGAUGUGAACUCCAUCAUCAUCACUAACAGAGACUUUAGCACAGCCAUGUCCAAGAUGGUGCCAGCUGCCCAGAGAGCUGUAGUGUCGCCAGCCAAAGCUCUGAUUCCUGCCAUCCAGCCUCUGCUGAGCUCCACCCUGCAGAAUGUUCUCCUCAUCGUCAGCAGGGUGUUUCCUCACGCCGAGCAGGGGCUGAAGAGGAAGAGGCAGCGAGAUGCGACCUGUGGAGCGUCUGAGGAUGAUCUGAUGUAUAGUGAGGAAGAGGACGAGUCCUCGGGUGGACCGACUGCUCAGGACCGACUCAGGACACCAGCUACCAGCGGCCUUCUGAGCCUCAACAGGUGCGUGUUGAGCCAGCCAACCUCCUACCGCCCGCGGCUCCUGCUGGAAGGACGACCGGGAUCGGGUCAGACCUCCCACCUGGCUCCUGCUGUCCUCCACGCCCUGGAGAAGUUCACCGUCUACACGCUGGACAUGGCCGUCCUGUUUGGAGUCAGCGCAAUGGCACCGGAGGAAACCUGCGUCCAGAUAUUCGCUGAGGCCAAGCGGACGUCUCCCAGCAUCUUGUACGUCCCACACAUCGAGCAGUGGUGGGAAACCGUGGGUCCUGCGCUGAGAGCGACCUUUCUGAGCCUCCUGAGCUCCAUCCCAGCCUUCUCCCCCAUCCUACUGCUGGCCACCUGCAGCCUCCGCUACCACCAGCUCAGCCUAGAGGUGCAGGAGCUGUUUCGGGGUGAACAUGGAGAGGUUUUCCAAGUCCCGCUCCCAGGCAGCAGAGAGAGGAGGAAAUUCUUUGAGGAUCUGAUCCUGAACCAGGCUUCCAAAGCCCCUGCUUCCAGGAAGAGAGCUGUGCUUCAUGCUUUGGAGGUGCUUCCCGUGGCACCUCCACCCCCACCCCGCCAGCUAACGGAGGAGGAGAGCCGACGUCUGGAGGAGCAAGAAGAAGACACGCUCAGAGAGCUCCGCCUUUUUCUGCGUGACGUCACGAACCGCCUGUCUCAGGAUAAACGCUUCAAGGCUUUUACCAAACCUGUGGAUUUGGAGGAGGUUCCAGAUUAUGCUGAAGUGAUCAAGAAGCCGAUGGAUCUGUCAAUGGUUCUGUCCAAGAUCGACCUCCAUCAGUACGGAACGGUCAAAGAGUUUCUCCAGGAUGUGGAUCUCAUCUGGCAGAACGCACUGGAGUACAACCCAGACAGGGACCCUUCAGAUCGUCAGAUCCGCCACCGAGCGUGUUCGCUGAAGGACACGGUCCACGCCAUCAUUCGAGAGGAGCUGGACGAGGAUUUUGAGAAGAUUUGUGAGGAACUCAAAGAGUCGCGAAAGAGGAGAGGUUGCUCCACUGCACGUUUCACUCCCACCUUCUACCACGUCCUCCCCAAGCAGCCCAAACCAGCUGCAGACACAUGCAUCACCAGCACGCUGCCUCACAGUGACAAAGUCAAGCCUAUAGCUGCUGCUGCUGCUUCUAGCAUCAACGUCUCUGCUGCUACAACUCCCAAACACUCAGCCCAGAAGAAGAAGCGUCGGAAAAGUCGCUGGUACACUGGCCACAUCGCAAAGAAGAAGCGCUAUUCUUCUCAUGUUGGCAGAGAUGAUGCACAGGCGGGGUCUGAUGGAGAUGGAGACGAUGAGGAGGAGGUUGGGAAGGUGGAGCAUCAGGACGAAGAUGGAGGCCAAGAUGGAUGCUCUGAGCCAGUAGGAAAAGCACAGAGCAGUCAGCAGGAAGAACUAGAGCAUAAAGAUCAGGAAUCAGCUGUUGGAGAGGACAUCACCAGCCACAAACUAGGGAAUAACAAUCAGACACAAAAUAAAGACGAAGAAGUCCUCAAAGAAGAGUCUGCAAACAAGGAAGGAGACGAGAAUGAUGAAAAUAUCCUCGUGAACAACGCUAACAGGAAUAGCUGCACAGAAACAUUGAGCACCAGCAUCACUGACCAUCAGCCAGACCAGGAUCAGGCUGCAGAAGAUCAGAACCUAAGGUUAGUUGGAGGAGAGAAGAAGGAACUGAAUGGUCCAUCUGAGCCGAUGGAGACAGAACCAACGGAACCUUCAGACGAUGCAGCUGCAGGAGCAACAGACACAGGACCAGUCCCAGAACAUAACGUGAGGAGAAUGACUCGAGCUCUGAAGAGCACCGUGCUGCAGCAGCAGAUGAUCUGUGGGGACCAGGCUUUGCAGACCCUGGACCAGGAAACGCCGCCUCUGGUGGUGGACAGAGUCAGACUAAAGGAGCUCUUGGACAGAGUAGUGACACAGACAGAAGGCUACGAGGUCUACAAGCUGGAGAAACUCUACGCUGUUCUGUGUCAGAGCAUCUACAGACACAGACGAGACCACAACAAGACUGCACUAAUACAGGAGUUGGAAGAAGAAGCCAAAAACUUUUGUUUUCUGUGACUUUUCUUCAGGAUAAACAUUUUUAUUAGUCGUUUCAUUGUGUAAACAUAAAAACACUGAUUGUAUUUUCACAAGAGUUUUUCUAGUCCUUGAUAUUUGUGCUUUAGUUUAUACUCCUCUUGUUUCUUUGUAAUUAAAAGUUUUUCUCUUA